AUGGAGGUGCAGCUGGAAUCGUUGGGAGAUUUGUGCAGACGGCUUCAGGAAGCGGCGCGGCAGGCGCAUUCCAACAGCAAGGUGCUCUUAAAGCAUGCGGACACCAUGGUGCUGCGCGUCGAGAUCGCCAAGCGCAGCGUCGACCUCGUAGACCAUGAAUUCGACCAGGCGCUCGGAAGGUUUAUCCUCACUGCUUCCUUCCGCCUCUCUCCCCUUCCCCCCUCCCCUUUUGGAGCCUUGAAUUCUGCCGAGGCUCAAGAGCUCGUGGAAGCUGCCAUCUCAUCACUCGCCACGUGUCAGACUCUCCUUGGCUCGUCGUCCGUCCCUGUCAGCGACUCUCCUCGCAAUGCUUCUGGCCACAGAGUACCAGGCUCUGCUAUUGCUGCCGGCGCCACCGCCGCCGCUGCCCCUGUUGCAGGAGUGGCAGGAGGUGCAGUCAUGCGGGCAUCUGCACAUGAAGCUGCAGCUAAUGGUUUUCCAGGGAGUGGUGGUACACCUCCUGGGGGAACAAGAGGAACGGAUGCUUCUUCCACCUGGACUGCAACUCGAGGGGUAGCAGCUGGGAGUUCUGAAGCAGGGCUGACAGCUGCAGGGGUUGCUGCCGGUGGGCACAGCAGUCUGGGAGGACUGGAGGCGGCUGGAAUGGCUGGGGCAGGUGCAGUCCCAUACAGGGCUGUAGCGGCAUCAGUGCCAUACAGUGCUGUAGCACCGCUGGUGCCAUACAGCUCUUUAGCAGGGCUGACAGGGGGGCGGUUGGAAAAGGGAGGAGGAGGCAGGGCAGGGGAGAUGGAUGAUCUGGCUGCACGGGUGAGUCUGGAGACAGCGCUAGGGGACAACCUGAUAAGGCAGGCUCUUGCUUUCCUGCAAGAGGAGGGAGACGAAGGAGAGAGGGUAGCAGGUGGGAUGCAUGGGGCGGGAGGGGCGGGGGGAGUCGGAGCAGGAGGGGCGAAUGAGGAGGCAGCGGCUGGGAACCAGGGGGGUCAGAGCGUGAGUGGUGGCAGCGGCAGCGGGAUCAGCCUUGCCGCUGCAGCCGCAGCUGCAGCAGCACCAGCGGCAUCACCAGCAGCAGCAGCGGCAGCAGCAGCAAACAGCCAUGCUGUUGCUGCUAUCACUGGCAGGGCUGCUGCGCCUGGGACCAUUAGCAGCCUUGCGGCCUUUCCCAGAUUCAGCACCAACAACAGGACUCCCUCUGGUGCAACCGGUGGCAUAGCUGCUAGCGCUGGUGGUGGCGGUGGUGGUGGCGGUGGUGGUGUUGCUGUUGCCCCUGCCUUGGCAGCUGCUGGUUUCUCAAGAACUGGACUGGCAACGCAUGGCGGAGAGUCAGACAGGAAACGAGCAGCAGAGGAGGAUCCGGACGGGCAAACCCUCAUCCCCCACAAGCGGCAGCGUGCGCCUGCAAAACCCUCCGCCUCCGAAAUCCCUCCGGACGGAUGGGAGUGGCGGAAGUACGGGCAGAAAGCUACACUCGGGCAGCUGUACCCGCGGAGUUAUUUCCGGGUCGAGAGAGGGCAGAAGUGGGAGGGAGAGCGCAGGGGAUUUGGGUCGGGCAGAGGAGAGCAGCACUGGUGUGAGUCCACCCUCUCAGGCAAACCCACCUGGAGCAAACCACCCAGGGUCAUACCUGGCGGGGUCACACCCACCUGA